AUGCCGCCCCCACCAGCUCCGACACCACCUUCCACCAUGCCGCCUUCAGAACCACUAUCCCUACCACAGAAGCAACCAGAGACGUCAAAGCCAGAAGAUGAAGCAAGCGAGGCCAACGAACAGUUUUGGAUGGCUAUAGCCAUGAGUUAUCAGAAGGCUCUAUCCGCGGCUGUUUGCUCGGAUUGUAUGUCUACAGUACCGGGAAACCUAAAACUGGAGCGGGUAGGAUUUGAGGAUAUAGGAGUCUCGAAAUCACCAUCACGACGACCAAAACCCCAAGUACCGCCAAGUCCUAGCGGAUAA